AUAAUUAUUGUAAGAACUAAAAAAAGAAUAAUCAGUGAAUUUUAGAGAGAAGAGAGAAAGAGAGAUUACCUUCUUCAUAGGAAAAUAUUUCUUUCUUCUUCUGCAUUCCUCAAAUUUUAUCUUCCCAAGAAACCCAAAACACAAGAAAAUCUUAAAGUGAAUUGUGGUGGAGAUGAAAGUUGGAGCUCCGGCGAAUAAGCCGGGUCGGAUCAUUGUUCAAGUUCUUCUUCUACAUCUUCUUCUUCUUCUUCAAAGUGCUCAUUCUCAGAGAUCACAAAACAAACUUAACAUCACAAAGCCUGGACAAAACAUACCAGCCUUAACAGUUCAGCUAAGGAGAGUUGGUCAUGAUGACACGGUGGUACUUGAUAAUGGUAUUGUUCAAGUUACUUUCUCGAGCCCAGAAGGCGUAAUUACUGGGAUAAAAUACCAUGGUAUCGACAAUGUGUUGGACGACGAAAUUAAGGAUCGGGGGUAUUGGGACGUAGUCUGGUAUGAACCGGGAAAGAAACCGGAGACUGACAAAUUAGAAGGAACUAAAUUUGAAAUCAUAACUCAGAACGAAGAACAAAUUGAAAUUUCAUUUACAAGAACGUGGACCAUAUCCAGACGAGGCUCCUUGGUCCCCCUAAACGUAGAUAAAAGAUAUAUUAUUCGAAGUGGUGUCUCCGGAGUAUACAUGUACGGUAUCUUAGAGAGGUUAGAAGGUUGGCCCGAUGUGGACAUGGACCAAAUCAGGAUUGUCUUCAAGCUCAACCCGAAAAAAUUUGAUUUUAUGGCGAUAUCCGAUGAUCGACAGAGAAGCAUGCCAUCGAUGGCAGAUCGAGACAAUUCUAAGACAUUAGCUUACAAAGAAGCUGUUCUUUUGACAAAUCCAAGCAACCCUAUGUUCAAAGGAGAGGUGGAUGAUAAGUAUAUGUACUCAAUGGAAGACAAAGACAACAAUGUGCAUGGUUGGAUCUCAUCUGAACCACCGGUUGGGUUUUGGAUGAUAACUCCGAGCGAUGAGUUCCGUCUUGGUGGCCCCAUCAAGCAAGACCUCACCUCUCAUGCUGGACCCAUCACACUCUCCAUGUUUACGAGCACGCAUUAUGCGGGAAAAGAGAUGAGAAUGGAUUAUAGAAAUGGAGAGCCAUGGAAGAAAGUUUUUGGUCCUGUCUUGGUUUAUCUCAACUCUGUCUCUCCCAAAGAAUCCACUCUUCGUCUCUGGAGAGAUGCUAAACGACAGAUGGCUGCGGAAGUCAAAAGCUGGCCUUAUGAUUUUGUAACUUCAGAAGAUUUUCCUCUUCGUCAUCAAAGAGGAACUAUCGAAGGUCAAUUCUUAAUCAAAGACAGUUACGUGUCAAGGUUAAAGAUAUAUGGAAAAUAUGCUUUUGUUGGUUUGGCACCAAUUGGUGAAGCUGGUUCAUGGCAAACCGAAUCCAAGGGGUAUCAAUUUUGGACGAAAGCUGACAGAAAAGGGAGAUUCAUAAUAGAGAAUGUGAGGGCAGGCAAUUAUAGUCUCUACGCAUGGGGUAUUGGUUUUAUUGGAGACUAUAAGUAUGAGCAAAACAUUACCAUCACGCCAGGUAGCGAGAUGAAUGUAGGACCUAUGGUGUAUGAACCGCCGAGAAACGGUCCAACAUUGUGGGAAAUCGGUGUACCGGAUCGAACUGCCGGUGAAUUCUAUAUACCGGAUCCUUACCCUACACUGAUGAAUAAGCUUUAUGUUAACCCACUUCAAGACAGAUUUAGGCAAUAUGGAUUAUGGGAUCGUUACGCAGAUUUAUACCCUCAAAACGAUCUUGUCUACACAAUCGGUGUAAGUGAUUAUAGAAGUGAUUGGUUCUUUGCACAUGUCACAAGAAACGUUGGUAACGAUACAUACCAACCAACGACAUGGCAAAUCAUAUUCAACCUAAAAAACGUGAACCGGAUCGGACUCUACACGCUCCGAAUAGCUCUAGCCUCAGCCGCUAGUUCCGAACUACAAAUUCGAAUCAACGAUCCGAAAUCCGGUCAUAUUUUCACAACCGGUUUAAUCGGAAAGGACAAUGCGAUCGCGAGACAUGGAAUUCAUGGGUUAUAUAGAUUGUAUAGUAUCGACAUUGCUGGAAAUCUACUAAGUGUUGGUGAUAAUACAAUAUAUUUAACUCAAACAAGAAGUAUAGGAAUGUUUCAAGGUGUUAUGUAUGAUUAUAUUCGUCUUGAAAGUCCUUUUAGAAGUUGAAAAAAUAAAUUGGAUAAGAGUUA